AUAAACUGUAGUCAUUGGUUCCCUUCUUUAACAUAUGCACCCAAAAGAUUACGGAUGGAACCAUAAUUACUACUUUCAUUAUAAAUCAGUCACAUUCAUAUCAUAGAUGACAACAACACGUCACAUCAGAUAAACACUUUUGUCGUUCAAUUAUUAUUAUUUGUUUAUAUAGUAUAAAAAUGCAUGCGUUAAACAUAUAAAAUAUCUGAAAAGUAAACCACUUGCCGUUUUACAGCUCAAUAAACGCUGACAAGUUCAAGUUACCACGGCGCAAUGUAGCACCUGACGCCGGCUUGCAAUCAUUCGUUCGUAUCUGUGGAGAGGGGAGGGAAAACGAUAAAAAAAAAAGAAUCAAAUUUUAACAAGUCAAGUCCUAUCUCCUAAUAAUCCUUCACAACUCACUCACUCACUCACUCACCACCGAUCUUUCCUUCGCCGACUGUAAAGUCUCAAUUGUCCUCUUUUGAUUACAAAGUUUGCUUAUUUCUUGCUAUAAAUAGUUGUUGAUUUGCUUUACUGAUCAAACCCAGAAAGAAAGUUUGUUUCUUUUUGAGUAAUUCAGUUGUUAAAUGCAGUCCUGCAGGUUGUUGUUCUCAUCUUGGUGAUCGUUGAAAGUUUUUGAUACUAUGGGUGCUUCAGGGAGAUGGAUUAAAACAUUGGUUAGUUUCAAUAAGUCAAGGUCUUCAAACAUUGACAUGAUGACUAUGUUGGUUAACGAUUGUAUACAAUUUCAUUUUAUUAAUGUUUGUACAAUUGGUUAAGGCCAAGGUUGCUACCAAGAGCCGGUUUAGGAAAAAACAUUCAGUUGAUUUAGACGCUGAGAAACUUCAAGAUUCAUAUGCGCAUAGUGUAAUAGAUACUGGAGUCUCUACUUCAACUUCACUACAAUCCUACUGUGGUGCACCUUAUGAAGAGCAAAGCUAGAAGGGCUUUACGAGCGUUGAAGGGACUGGUUAGACUUCAAGCACUCGUUAGAGGACACUCUGUGAGGAAACAAGCAGCUGUGACGCUUCGGUGCAUGCAAGCGUUAGUGAGAGUGCAGGCUCGUGUACGGGCUAGACGUGUUCGCCUCGCCUUGGAGAGUGAAACGCGUCAGCAACUACAGCAACAGCUAGCAGAUGAAGCCCGAGUUCGAGAAAUAGAGGAAGGUUGGUGCGAUAGCAUUGGUUCUGUUGAACAGAUCCAAGAAAAGCUGAUAAAGAGGCAGGAAGCUGCAGCUAAGCGUGAGAGAGCUAUGGCAUAUGCUUUGACUCACCAGUGGCAAGCAGAGACUAGGCAGUUAUCUGCGCACAAUGGAUUUCAACCUGAGGAAAAAAACUGGGGACGGAACCGGUUUCUUGAUAGUUACCUAGUGGAAGAUGCAAAAUUAGGUGAAAACAACAUAGAGCAGGCUGAGAAUGUGCAUAAAACGCAGAUGAAAAGUGCAAGCAAGAUGCAAAACACUUCAAAUCUUGUGUCCGGUGUUUCAAGUCAGAAGGCAACAUGGCCACCAUCUCUGUCUGAUGGUGAUUCGUCUUCUCCUGUAAUAUCUUCAAGCAUGCCAGUGGUGUCCAAGGCUAGGUCUAAGCCAACUAAAGACGAUCUUGCUGUAGAAGUUAACUCAAGACCUGUAGCUGGUUUAAGAUCAAGAAAGCCAGAUAGAUCUUCAAGAGGACGGUUGUCUCUGCCAAACAGUGGAAAGUCCUUAGGAUCUCAGUCUGCUAAAGCCAAACGAGCAGGAACACUCACGCCAACAUCUCAAAAAGUAGCAGUUGAAGACAACUCUGCCCAAAACCAGAGAAGACGCAACUCUGAGCCAACAAAAUAGAGGCUUGCAUAGAGCCCUUGCUAGAGUCUCUGAGAAUCGUCAGUCCAAACGCCUCUCCCAUUGUCCCUGUACAUACGCAGCUUCUGAUAAAGAGAAACACAAAAACAUGGGAGAACACAUUGGUUUUCAGACUCUAGAGCUUCUUGGUUCACCGACCAAGAAGAGAACAACGUGGUAUUGGCGUCUCCUGCCUUCAUUGUUGUUAUCCAUGUAGCCAUCCUUUUCUCUCCAUGAUUCUCUGUGCGUAGUAUUAUAAUAUAAGGUGUUUAGAGUCUAUUUGUGAAAUAGUUUUCGUCGGAAGAACAAACUCAUGCUUCAGGCUCUUCCCCUAUGUAUAUAGUACGUUGUAUUGUAUAAGUUCUAGUUUUAAAGAGUGAUUAUAUUA